AUGCAACACUCUCUCCAAUCUCACCGUCCAGCUGUUCUCCCCUCACUGAUUCGUCUCAAUGCCGUUAAUGCCGUAUCCAACAAUGCGCUGCACAUCGGUAUCCCGCUCGAAGGUCUAUGCUGCGACGAUGUGAUAUCCCCGUGGAACACUUUCGGCCCUAAACUCCUCGACACUUGUCCCGAGUCUUUGCGACCUACAGAGUUGCAGACCGAAAUCGAGCACCAUCCUUGGGUGGAUUUGCUACCUAUUCCGAGGUUAAGAGAUAAUAUGCUAAAGGCAUAUUCUAGUGGUGUUAUUGACGAGGAUGAGCUGUGCAUUGAUAUCCUUGGACUCAUGAGUAGCCAAGGUUUGGACGAUGCAUACCUUAUUGUUUGGGGAGAGGCGCAUGAUGCGAGGAGUUGGGAAGUGAGUGAGGGCUUUCUCAGGAAAUGGGGCUGGUUGUUAAAGGGCUGUUCUGAGUUGGUUGAGUCAACGAAUCGAUGGCGACAACAAAGAGGUGAGACGACAUUGAAUAUCCAGAUCUGA